AUGAUCUCAGAUUUUUUCUACCCGCAGCCUGGGGGUAUGGAGCUUCAUAUAUAUCACCUUUCGCAAAAGCUCAUAGCCCGAGGACAUUCUGUUGUGGUAAUCACCCACGCAUACGGCGACAGAACAGGAGUUCGAAUGUUGACUAACGGCCUCAAAGUAUACUAUGUCCCAUUUUUCAUCAUAUACCGACAAACCACUUUCCCAACGGUCUUUUCUUUGUUUCCUAUACUUCGCCAGAUCCUGAUCCGCGAGAGCAUUGAUAUAGUUCAUGGUCAUGGUACCUUCAGCUCCAUGUGUCACGAGGCAAUUUUGCACGCCAACACCAUGGGAAUCAAGACAGUGUUUACAGACCACUCACUGUUUGGAUUUGCAGACGUGGGCUCGAUCUUGGGCAACAAAUUGCUAAAAUUCACUCUCACCAACAUCGGUCAUGUGAUAUGUGUCAGCCAUACGUGCAAGGAAAACACCGUUCUAAGAGCCAGCCUGGAUCCUUCCUCAGUCUCUGUAAUUCCAAAUGCGGUUAUUGCUGAUGACUUUAAACCCGCCGAGGUCAAACCGUCUUUGAAUAAGAUCACUGUUGUCGUGAUCUCGCGACUAUUCCAAAACAAGGGAGCUGACCUUCUUACAGCCAUUAUCCCUCGGUUGUGCUCCACUCGACCUGACAUACAUUUCUUGAUUGCUGGCGACGGCCCAAAGUUUAUCGAUUUAGAGCAGAUGAGGGAAAAACACCAGCUACAAGAUAGAGUCGAACUGAUUGGAAGCAUACGACAUCAACAAGUCCGGGACGUGAUGGUGCAGGGACAUAUAUAUUUGCACCCGUCCUUGACGGAAGCUUUUGGAACAGUUUUGGUUGAGGCUGCUUCCUGCGGGUUGCUAGUGGUAACAACCAAAGUCGGAGGUAUCCCUGAGGUGCUGCCCAAUAAAAUGACUGUUUUCGCUGAUCCAGACGAGGAGUCGCUGGUAGAUGCUGUGAAUUUGGCAGUGAGAAAACUCAAAGAAAACAAAAUUGAUACAAGCAGUUUCCACGAGGAGGUCAAGAAAAUGUACGAUUGGGGCGACAUCGCCAGGAGAACGGAAAAGGUGUAUGAUAUGGUCAUUGAAAGAGAGUCCGCUUCGCUUGUGGAUAUUUUAGUAAAGUACUACAACUGUGGCCCCUGGGCUGGAUUACUAUUCAUCUUGUGCGUGGUUGUCGAUUUAUUUAUUCUCGAGUUUCUAAACUGGUGGUGGCCCGAGAGUGAUAUAGACAAGGUGAGGAAAUGGCCACAGAAAAAAGGCACUAUAGCCAAAUGA